AUGGCUCACCCCUGCCAUGGGCUUGCAGGUGCCAGCAAUGGCAGCCUGCCACACGCAGUGGCCCACCACGGCCACCGGGACACCGACGAAGCUGGGAGCAGCCUCCACGCGACCGCCGCGCCGAGACACCCCGAGAUCCGCCGUCCUCCGCGCAACCUCUGUGCCGAGGCGAAGCCGGCCGCCCCAAACCCUCCACCACCGCGUCCCCGGGGCCGCCGCCCCGGCUUGCCAGCACCGGCGAGCACCAGCCCCUCCCAGGCCCAGAUCGGGCCCUCCCAGGCCCAGAUCCAGCCCCGGCCGCGUCAACGAGCACCAGCCACGCCGAGGGGCCGGCGCCAGCGCCAGCCGCGCAGCCCAGCGCGUGCUCGCCGAUGCGAGAGGGCCCCAACCGCCGCCGACGCUAACCGCCGUCGUCCGGCCGUCGCGUGGGGCGGAGCAAACGGAAGUGGGUCGCCGGUCGGCCACGCGUUCACCGCGGGACUCCCCCAACCACCUUCGGCGGCGGGGGCCGCCGCCACCGCGGCCAGGCCAGCGGCAGCGGCGGGAGGGAGGAGGGUGUCCUGGGGGCUGGCGGCGGCGCGGCAACCAAUUGUCAGGAUUCCCUUCAAGGACGAGUGA